CUGGUUAAACUGGAACGAGGCGCGGCAUCGUCCCGCGGUCCCUGCCCUGGGGACUCUGACCCCGCGGGCCGGCCAGGGGAGCUGAGGCAGGCAGUGAGGAGCAGCCCCACAGCCGCUGGGACGGAGACAGCGAGGAGCCGAACAGGAUGGAUCCCACUUUGGAGCUGGCAGAUGACCCCAGGUUCUCCCGCCCUUUGGUGGAGAUGCUGAUCAGCAACUUCAGCGUGCCGGCAGCCUGCUUCUCCCUGCCGCCCACCUCCCGGCAGCUGCUGCACCAGCUGGACAUGGCCCAACUCAUCAUCCUGGGCCUCUGCACCACCAUGACGCUGCUGUCGGUCGUGAUCUACGUGGAAGAGGUUUCGUACCUCUUCCGCAAGAUCCGCUGCCCUAUCAAGAUGAAGACCCUCUGCUGGAGCAGCUCAGCCCCUACGGUUGUGUCAGUGGUCAGCUGCUUUGGCCUGUGGUUCCCGCGCUCCAUGACGGUGGUGGAGAUGGCUACCACGGCGUACUUCGCUGUCUGCUUCUACCUGCUGAUGAUGGUCAUGGUGGAGGGCUUUGGGGGGAAGGAAGCACUGCUCAGCACUCUGAAGGAUGUGCCCAUGGUGGUCAGCACUGGGCCCUGCUGCUGCUGCUGCCCCUGCCUGCCCCGAAUCACCAUGACCAGGAAAAAGCUUAAAUUGAUGAUCCUGGGGACUUUCCAGUAUGCCCUCUUCAAGGCUGUCGCUGUCUUCCUGGGCCUGAUCCUGACCACUGAUGGGAAUUACAACCCUGCUGACAUUUCAGGGGAGAGCGUGGCCCUCUGGAUCAACACCUUGGUUGGUGUCUCCGCCCUCUUUGGGCUGUGGGGCCUGGGCAUCCUCUUCCGGCAGGCCCGGCUGCACCUGGCUGAGCAGAACAUGCAGGCCAAGUUCACCUGUUUCCAGAUCCUGCUCCUCCUGACGGCGCUCCAGCCUGCCAUCUUCAGCAUCCUGGCCAACAACGGCAGCAUUGCCUGCUCGCCGCCCUUCUCCUCCAAGGCCAGGUCCCAGCAGAUGAACGUGCAGCUGCUGAUCCCGCAGACCUUCAUCCUGGCAGUGCUGACACGGAUGUACUACCGCAAGCAGGAUGACAAGCCAGGCUACCAGCCCGUCAGCUUCACACCCACAGGGGCCGAGGCCAAGGCGUGAGCAGGAGGGACAAACUGGGGUGCCAAGGGGCAGAGUAGGGAUGAGGGCUUGAUCUACCCUGCACAACCUUCUCCUCCUCCCCUCGCCUUGGGGAGCUGCUGGCAGCAGAAGGGGAAAGAGCAUCUUGGGAAAGAAUGGAAGGUCUGAAACCUAAAAGCCAUAAGACAAGGGGGUCCAUGGAGCCACCUCCAGCCCAGGGGCUCUUGCCUAGCACUGAGUAAAGAUAAAUUUUUACAAGA